AUGGCACUGAGCGAAAACUGCAAAACCCAACCUGCAAAAGAGCAAGGCUCAGUGCAAAACCCUCCAUCCGAUGUUAUUGAGCUAAACGUGGGUGGACAGGUGUAUUACACUCGUCAUGCCACCUUGACAAGCUUUCCAAAUUCAUUACUUGGGAAGCUGUUCUCUAACAAGAAGGGGUCUUCAAAUGAUUUGUCCCGGGACCUUAGAGGACGGUAUUUUAUUGACAGAGAUGGCUUUCUGUUCCGGUAUGUAUUGGAUUACCUCAGAGACAAGCAAGUUGUCCUCCCUGACCACUUCCCCGAGAGAGGAAGGUUGAAACGAGAGGCGGAAUACUUCCAGCUGCCAGAAUUGGCCAAACUUUUGUCAUCUGAGGAAUCAAAACUAUUUCCAGAUGACUUGUACUACAGUGAUUUCGAUGAUGCGUCGCAGGGCAGCGACCAGAGGUUUUAUCCCUCUUAUUCCCUGGACAGGAGGUAUGGCUACAUCACGGUGGCUUUCAAAGGCGUUUGCGCCGCGGGAGGCAGAGAGAGCCAGACUGAUGCCAAGGCCAAAAAGUUACCGAGGAUCUUCAUCAGCAGCAGGAUUGGCUUGGCGAAAGAGGUAUUUGGAGACGCCCUGAAUGAGAACAGGGACUCGGACAGGCCACCGGACCGAUACACCUGCAGGUUUUACCUCAAGUUCAGGCAUCUGGAAAGAGCUUUUGACAUGCUGUCAGAGAGCGGCUUCCACAUUGUGGCCUGCAAUUCGUCCCUGACUGCGUCCUCCAUCGGUCAUUACGCGGAUGACAAAGUCUGGUCCAAUUACGCACAGUACAUCUUCUACCGUGGGCCCUCUCGGUGGUCGUCCUCCCACUGCGACUGCUGUUGCAAGAGCCACAAAAGUGAGCGUGAGGGGGAGAGUGGCACUUCCUUCAACGAGCUCUCCACUUCCUGCUCUGAGACCCAGUCAGAGGCCAGCUCCCCUCAAGGAACCGUGAUCUGUGGCCCCGUGAGCCGGCGCCCCAACGUCCAGACUCUGGACCGUCCCAUGCAUAAAGGACCAUCUCACAUAAUGCAGCAGGCAGAGAUGCGCCGCAAAACUGACAUGCUCCGUGUGAGAACCUUCGGGGUCCGGGAACGAGAGGCUGCAAAGAGGAAAGCAAACAAGGAGAAGCUGACCCCUGAGCAAGAACUGGAGAAAUGUAUCCAGGACUUCCGUCGCAUUAGGAUUCCUGAUCGCUUUCCGGAGAGGAAGUACAUGUGGCAAUCAGAGCUCUUGAGAAAGUACCGUCUCUAAAAAUGAGUGAGUGGAGAGAAGAGAACAGAAGAAAAAAGAGAGAUGGCAGUAUCAUGUCACCAUCCAUGAAAAGUAUUAAAGGUGCAGUGUGUAGAAUUUAGUGGCAUCUAGCGGAACAGACUGGGCAGAAAUGGAAUAUAAUACUCAUAAGUAUGUUUUAAGUAGUGUAUAAUCAGCUGAAAAUAAGAGUUGUUGUCUUUGCGUUAGCUUGGAAUGAGCCCUUUAUAUUUAUAUAGGGAGUGUGCCCUCUUCCACGGAGGCUGCUAUGUUGCACCGCCAUGUUUCUACAGUAGCCCAGAAUGGACAAACCAAACAAUGGCUCUAGAGAGGGUCUUUUGCGUUUUGUGGCCAUUGUAGGUUUUCCUACAUGCUUGGAAGGGAAGCUGUAUUCAUUUGGUUGCAAUCUGCAAUCUCAUUGCUAGAUUCCACUAAAUCUUACACAGUGGUCCUUUAAACUGCGUAGACAAUAGACUGCACCCUCUAUGACACAUAAUGUACAAGAAAAAAAAAACUAUGGCCACCUCCCCGCCAGCAUGACUAGCGGAGCACACAUAGUACAAGGCAGUCAUUGGUUUGUAAAGUAUGCACAGUGUUGUGUAUGAUAUGCACAUGUGUAAAUCAGGUUACUCCUGGGCUUACAUCACUAACCUGUUCUCACUUCAGAGAGCUGUGAGCCAGAUGUGCUAAAGGCUACUAUAUCACUAGUUGAAGCAACAAAGCAACCUCAGGGGCAACAUCAUUUCAAUUCAUCAACCUGUCACAUUCUGUAUGUGCAAUUGCCCACAAUAGCUGUUUUUAAUUAAAUGGAUGUACCCAGAUGAUGCUGUGAGUUAGCAAUGGAAUAUCACUAUACUCCACUGAUAACACAUAUACUUAUAGUAGGCUUUGAUAAUGGCACUGCAUGUCAUUUCACCCUUAGCAUAAUUAUGCAAUAUCAAACAAACUUUCAUUUCACUGUUUUGUGUGAUGGGUAAAAUGCUGUGUUAUGACUGAGACUGACUUCAGUGAGGAAAGCACUGCCUAGAUCUGUUUGCCAUUGUAAAACUUUUUUGUCUAAUGUCAUUAUGUGUUGGAUAGACGAUGUUGUGUAGGUACAGUAUAUAAUACCAAUGGAUAUUUGUCUAAUCAUUGAUUGUAAGUGUGCAAAAAAGCUAA